AUGAUCGCCCCCGUCUUCCGAAAGAUCUCCAAGGAGCAUGCGGGGAAGGCAUACUUCCGCAAGGUGGAUGUGGCGAAGAACCAACAGCUGGCCGGACAGCAGGGCAUCCGUUCCAUGCCAACCUUCCAGUUCUGGCUGCGUGGCAAGAAGCGCCACCAGUUCUCUGGUGCCGACGAGUAUUCCCUCCGGGAGUGGACGAGAAAGCUGGUAGAGGAGGCCGAUCGGGAUGACAUCAUCGUCACCCGCGAAGCAUUGGAGGAGUUCUACCUGAAACACGAGCCUGCCAAGGCCUCCAAGGAAAGUAUCGAGAACAUCCUCCAGAAGAAUUCCAAGGAUUUUCCGACCAUGGUGCGGCUGUUGAAAAAGAAGUACGGAGAGGCCCCCAAGACGUCCCCCCGGCCACGAGCAAAGACUGAAGAAAGUCCAGCCGGGCAAGGUAAAGGAGGCCCAAAUCUACAGGCCGCCAGCUUGGAGGAUCUGAAGCACGAGUUGGAGAGGCGUGAAGAGGAAGCUGCGGAGGCCAAAGCGGAGGAGGAGGAGAGGCGCCUGUCCAGCAACCCCUGUACGCUCUACCGGAACCGCACUGUGGGCGCCAUCGAGCGGGUGGUCAUUGUUGGAGGCGGCCCUGCGGGCAUGACGGCCGCGAUCUACGCCGCGCGCGCCAAUCUCUGCCCGCUGGUCAUCGCGCCAGCCAUGGGCGGCCAACUGAUGGCCAAGGGAGUUGAUGUAGAAAACUAUCCUGGCCUGCCGCGGGAGAACGGUGGUGAAAUGAUUCAAGUCAUGAAGCAUCAAGCACGAAGCUUUUAUGCAGAGGUUUGGGACGACAUUGUCGUGUCAGUGAACACCAGUGUUCAGCCUUUCCAGAUCUACACCAAUAGCUCUGGCUUGGUGCAGGCACACACGAUCAUCACCGCCACUGGCGCCAACAGCAAAUGGCUCCAUGUCAAAGGCGAAUGGGACUACCGGGGCCACGGUGUGUCCAGCUGUGCUGCUUGCGACGGCUACCUCUUCAAGGGCAAGUCCUGCGCCGUCAUUGGCGGCGGCGAUUCUGCCAUGGAGGAGGCGCUGAUGCUGGCGCGGAUUUGCUCGCACGUGGAGCUGCUUCACCGGCGUGAUACCUUCAGAGCGUCCCUGGUCUUGCAGCAGCGGGUGCUGUCACACCCUCACAUCCGAGUGCGGUGGAACACCGCAGUGAAGCGCUUCAUUGGUCACACCACAGAGGAGGAGGGCGUCGAGAGGAAAGAUCUGACACACCUGGAGCUGAUGGAUACGCAGGAUCACUCCAGAGAGACUAUCCAGCUGCCAAUCGACGCGGCAUUCAUUGCCAUUGGCCACGACCCCAACACACGGCUCUUCAAGGGACAGGUGGAGAUGGACGAGACGGGGUACAUCUUGGUGCAGGGCACCAGGACCUCGGUGCCGGGCCUUUUCGCCGCCGGGGAUGUGGCGGACCACGUGUACCGCCAGGCCAUCACCUCCGCUGGCUCGGGCGCCAUGGCCGCGCUGGAUGCAGAGCGAUAUCUUUCAGAGAACCCGGUUGAGGAAGAGUCCUGUGUCAAGCAGGAGGAUUUCCAAUCCUGGACCUUGAAAGAUCUCCGGGAGCAGGUGAAGCUGCUGGGCGUAAAGUGCAUCGCCUGCAGCGAGAAGGCGGACUUCAUCGCCUCGCUGCAGGCCGGGGGAAAAAAACGGUGCCAAAAGACUCUUGAGGUGGUCGGUUUUGAAUGUGUUGGUGGUUGA